AUGGUUAAGUCACAGUUCUCCCUCCUGUUUAUAACGAUGAUGGUUUUUGUGAAUGUUACGUCACAUAAACGGACGUUUAAGGCCGCGGUCUACGGGCACGAAGUGAUUCUACCUACGGACACUGACAGCGUCAUCUCACGAGCACAGGCCCUCGUUAACAUGAACAAAAAUCUGGGGGUUUAUCGUGAGCAGGCACGUUAGGCUAAACGAAAGGGUGCCAACAUCAUUGUCUUCCCUGAAGAUGGACUUUACGGUUACGUAUUUAAACGAGAGACCAUCGCCCCGUACCUAGAGACAAUCCCCGACCCUAGGGACGUGACGUGGUCUCCGUGUGUCGACCCAGGACGGUAUAAAAACACGGACAUUCUGCGGUCGCUCAGCUGUAUAGCUAAAGACAACGGCCUGUACCUGGUAGCUAACAUGGGGGACAAGCAGCCAUGUUGUAACGUCACAGAUCCCAAGUGUCCGGCUGACGGUUGGUACCAGUACAACACCGAUGUGGCUUUUGGUCCGGGCGGUACUCUCUUGGCCAGGUACCACAAGUACAACCUUUACCGCGAGCUCCAGUUUGACAGGCCCCCUGUGAAUGUUGAAUAUUUUGACACCCCGUUCGGCAGGUUUGGUUUGAUGGUCUGUUUCGAUGUUUUAUUCUACGAGCCGGCUAUAGCGAUGGUGCUACAGCACAAUAUUUCUAACAUCGCUUUCCCAACAGCGUGGAGGGACUCACUGCCUAUCUUGUCUGCCAUAGGAUUUCACUCCUCGUUUGCGCGCGCUCUUGGUGUAAACUUUCUCAGUGCCAACCUUCACCUUCCAGACUUUAGAUUUCACGGCAGUGGCAUCUACGCAGCAGAAGGCGCGAAGAGCUUCUACUACGGAGCACGCAAUGAUUCGUCACCCAAACUUUUGGUCGCUGAGCUGGAUGUGGUGGACAGACCUGAACCGAACAUAGAGACAACACAUCCAAGACUCGAUAACCCCAGGUCUAACAAUGUGGUCAGCCGUCAUGUAAAAACGCCAAAUAUUGCUGAAUUUACUUCUGUGUUAUCAAAAGACGCAUUCACUUUCCGAACUCUAGAUUCGCCAUCAGGUUCUAUCCGAGUGUGUCAGAAAGAGGUCUGUUGCUCCCUUAAUUUUUCCAUCGAUCCUUCAUGUUUUGGGAACGAUCUUUUCGCGUUCGGUGCGUUUGAUGGUCCGCACGCGCACAGAGGUGAGUACUACUUACAGGUGUGCACGCUGGUCAAGUGUGCACAGGCCACCAACAGAACCUCUUGUGGGACCUUCACGUACACGUCAUCAACCUAUUUUCUAAAAAUAGAAAUGAGGGCGGAGCUACCAACCCGUUAUGUUUACCCUCAAAUUGUGCUGUCUAACCGCGAGGGGGAGCUAGGGCUGGCACACGACGACACCUGGGGGUUUCAUGUCGGCACUCUCAACACCAGUCCCGCGUUCAACGCCACGCUUCUCUCAGCAACACUGCUUGGUAGGAACUACCCACGUGACCGCAAGAUUUAA